UUUUCACGAGUUUCGCCUUUCCUGCUGCGCUGCACUGUCUUGUCCUUCCUCCUCCGCCCCGGAGUAUCAUACAAACACGGUGACGUCUAAAUAUGGAGCUGGGCAAGGUUCUGCUCGCCGAUCAGAAUGUGUGCUGCGCCGAUUGCUGUAUUGUGCUUUGUUAUAUCUGCUGUGGUCCCAGCCCAGCCUCCCGUAUAAUGGCCGCCGAGCUCGAGUGAGUUUGCCCGACCUGCUUCCUCUUCGCCCCAAGUACGGACUUGGUCUAUCUCUUCUCAUCGCAUCGUGUCCCUGUCCUGUCCUGUCCUGUCCUGUCCUUGGACGUGCAGCAGCUCGUCAUGGCUGCUCCAAACCGCCCGCUCUGGCUGGACGUCAACGACUCGCCCUACAGCAACAACGGCAACCAGGUCGCUAGUAUUUUCUUCCUUGCUAUUGUUGCAGCCAGUCUCACAUGCUGCCUUGCUGUAUCGUGGAAAACGCGACGCUUCGUUCCGUUUAGUCUGGUCCUCAGCAUCACGUGUAUAUUCGAAGUAACAGCCUACGCAUUGCGGUUACAAGAUUGGUACAUCGUCACUUACACCACCAACUUCGGUCUAUCCGUCAUCGCACCCGUCUUCCUCACCAUUGGAAUUCAUCUUUGCGCCGCCCAGGUCCUCCGCGUCCUCGGAACCGAACAUGCGGUCCUGUCGCCCAACGCGCACAUGCGAGUCUUUAUCUGGUCAGACAUACUCGCCGGUCUGCUCCAAGCCAUCGGCCUUGGCCUGACCUUCUCACGCGCCAAGCAGGCCGGUCCAUGGGGAAUUACUUUGCCCAAGGAGGCCGGUACGGGACAGGCCAUCAUUUACGCCGGCCUUUUGAUGCAGACUCUGAUGUUAGCUGUGGCGCUGGUCCUUCUUGCCAUCGCUUAUGUCAGGGCUGGGAAGGCAGACCGACAGUACGGAUACACAACUUUCCACAAGGACGGUGCUGGAUAUGUCCCUCUCACCCCUCGCUUCAAGACCUUCCUCGUUGUCUUGCCGCUCGCUGGAGUUUGUGUGCUUGUCAGGUGUGCGUACCGGUCGGCGGCAGCAUGGGGUGGAAUCGGGAGCCCGACCGCGAGGGACCAGCUAUUGUGGCUCGUUGCCGAAGGCGUCAUGCUGACCGAGGCUAUCGUGACGCUCGCGGCCUUCCACCCUGCGAUAUGGCUUGAUGACGGAAUGAGGGGCAGGGUACACGGAGAUGUCACCGAGCAAGAUGGGACCAGGACGUCCAAGCUGGGCAAGCGGCUGACGGUCGGGACCUUCGCGACCGGCAUGACGGACCUCGAACACGGCAACGCGCGGGACUCGCGACAGGACCUCGGCGAGAUCAGUCAGGUCAUCUUCUCGUCGAACAUGAUGGCCCCAUCGGACGUCUCAUCAGAGGGCUCGCCCUCGCGGCGCGGCUCGGCUGGUGAACACGGCCACGAGCCCAUCACUAGCCACACCGCGGACAUGAUGGCCAGCAGCCCCUACGACCCGCAUCUGCCCCCCGCGAGGCGGUACUCGCAGGAUAUCACGGCCGAGUCGCGGGCGCUGUCGCCGCUCGAGGCCGAGGAGGAAGCCGACCGCGUCUCGAUCAUCCCGGAGCCGCCGAGGAAGUCCAGCAAGCGGAUAUCGCGCGCGCUGGAGAUGGCUAGGCUUGAGCAGGAGAAGCGGGACCAGGAAGAGGAGGACGACAGGCUGGAGGUCGAGUCGGUCGUUCUGCCGCCGAGGAUGCCCAGCAAGAGGGAGCCUAACCGCGGGUACAGCUACAGCAGGGAGGACGACCUGGAGGAUGUUGCACUCACGUCAACUUAUUCACAGUCGCUUUACUCGCAGUGAGGGGCAAUUGGUACAGGGGUAAAAGGGUGGACAAUGUGGAGGAAACGGCACAGAGCGAUUUUGAUUACAAACAUGAUACCCGGAGUUUCUGGUGCUUAUUUUGGUCUGCUCAACCUUCAAGAGCGGCAAGGUUGCCCAAUACGUGCGGUAUGUGUGUAUCCGGCCUUUCAAUGUAUUGUUUAAUGUGUUAUCAGUAUGUAUGAAUACAGACACACGAUGCAACUUA